AAUGUUCAAUGAAAACGGAUUACAUCGCAUUACGUCCGUCAAGCCAUAGUUUUUACGCGGUUAUAUUUGGUGAAGUCGUGCGCGACGAGUUAUGCAACGUUCGGUGUAAAAACGCUCGUCGAUAGGGCACUCGGAUAUCGUGACACCUGACCUACUUAGACAAAGCGGCUGUUUCUGUUGGAGAGCCGUAACUCGAGGAGCUUGGAAACGCAAAGGACACGUUCAUCGGCCUACCGAUUCGAAGAUUGGAAAUUCUUAGGCACCAGGAGACAUCGACGAAAUCUUUCGCAAAUUGCGUCUUUUCGUAUCACGUCCGAAGGUUCAGUGCCGUCGUUAGGGAUCACGGGCGCCCGGAUAAGUUUACACUCGGUCUAAUUAAUUUCUCUUUUCCCUCUGGCUCCCAACAGAGAUACAGCCUAUCUACGAAUUAAUAAUCGUAGAAGGAAGAAAAUUCGUCGAAUAAACUCUCGUGUCGGUACUUCGCAGAAGUAAGCAGACAGAACGGACUAUCCUCUCGCACAGAGUCGCACAACGUCGUCGGUUUACGGUUUCUCCGUCUCUUUGUACUCUAUAUGCCGAUGGUUUUCCCUUUCGUUACGCACUACCGUAGCCAUGCGUUGCGGAACCGCGAGCAAGUUGGCUAAUCUAUUCCCAAUGUUAAUCUUUUGAGGAAGACGAAAGAAAAUUUCUUCGCGAUACCACGGAACGGUUCUCUCUCGGUAAUCUGCGAACGAGGUUAGACGCGACGUAAAUCACGUAGGAUUGGUAAUCGAUAGAAAGGGAAAGUAUAAGUCGCUGGAGACGUGUCGGGUUGUUGGCAGAGAGAGAGAGAGAGAGAGAGAGAAAGAAAAAGCGUAGUAAGAAGAUAGAGAAAGAAGAGGAGAAAGGGAAAGGGAAUCGGAGGAGCGCGACGAUGUUGCUCGAAAAUCUGUCGAGGCUCGCGACGGCUGCUGAAAGCGCCCCAAAGAUAAAUCCGUUGGAAGGGUACGGCCCUGGAGGUCGGUCGCGCUGUCAGAGGAGCGCGACGGUGCGCCGGACGCUCGCUUGACUAAGGGAGUGCCCGUCCCGAUGCAAAGUGUAAGUGAAGUGGCCUACAGACCUACAUUUCUCUAACGUUCCAUUUUUUCAAGCCGACGAACAGGAGGUUAAGAAUUCGCGCGGGUCACCAUUUUACACGGACGCGUGCGAUGUCGCCGUUGUGUGAUACGUCGAUCGGCUCUCGAUAGAGAGAGAGACACGGUGUAGCAGUUUCUCUCGCCGUGGAACGUUCUGUCGGUGCUGCCCGGCGGCGCGGGGAGAGUUCAAAGAAAGAGCGAGUGAGAGAAAGAGGGAGAGGGAAAGAGCUAGCGAGAGCGAGAGCGAGCGCGCGCGCCAGCCAGCCAGCCAGCCAGCAGCCAGCCAGCCAGCCAGCUAGUCGGAGAAAGAGAGAUAGAGAGAAAGAGAGAGAAGGAGAGCACGGGACGGGCGAGAGACGGAGACGGCGAGAAUCGUGCGCGCGCCCGCGCGCCGCAAUAAGAGGGAGAGUGCGGCGGUGUGCGAGAGAGGAGCAUAGAGAGAAACGGAUCGUGUUGAACGGAGAGGGAAUUAAAUGCGUGUGUAGGUGCUCUCGAGAGAGCGGGAGCGCGCGCGCGCGCUCGAGCGAACGGCUGAGAGGGAGAGAGAGAGAGAGAAAGAAAGAGAGAAAGAAAGAAAGAGAGAGAGAGAGAACGAACGAACGAAAGAGCGUACGAGCGAGCGAGAGAGAGAGAGAGAGAGAGAGAAGCGAAAAGAGCAAGUGCGUGCGUCGUACGUACGUGCGUGCGUGCGUGCGUGCGUGCGUGCGUACGGUGGAGAAGAGAAGGUGUCGUUGAAGGGGGAGGGAGCCUCGUUCGUUCGUUCGUUCGUUCGUUCGUCCGUCUGUCUGUCCGUCUGCCUGUCCGUCCGUCCGUCCGUCCGUCGUUCGCUCGUUCGUAGGAAUGCACGACGGUCGAAUGGCUACAGGCUCGGGGGAAGGUGGCAGGGGCGGCGGGGGGCCCGUGGCACCUCUAGACAACAACUCCACCGCGACGACUACCCUUACGGAAUCAACGACAUCCUCUUCGUCGGCCGCUCCCUCUUCCUCCUCCUCUACCUCAUCUUCUAGCUCGUCCUCGUCGUCUUCGAAUACCGCCGCGAUCUUGACGGAGAAUCACGCGAAUGCAACUAAUCUGCCAUUGACUACGGGAUCCCAGCAGCCUCAACAAACUCUUCAUCAUCAGCAACAUCAACAACAACAACAACAACAACAACAACAACAACAACAACAACAAUCACAACAACAACAACAGCAGCAGCAGCAGCAGCAACGUAUCAGGCUCGAUCUUCUCACCGAUUUGCCCGCCAAUGAUGCUUCAGAGAGCAGAGCGCUCGGCAGCAGCACAGACCAGCGACGAAGACGGAGCUGAGGAGCGAAGAGAAGAGGAGAGAAGAGAAGAGAAGAGAAGAGAAGAGAAGAAGGCUGAGGGGGCAUAGCGCGUGGAUCAUACUCUUACCCUUUCCCUCCCCCUCUCUUUCUCUCUCUUUCUUUCUCCCCGUGCGCGCGAACGCACGCACACUUGCUCUCUUUCUCGCAAUAACGACGACGCCGCCGCCGACGACGACGACGACGACGACGACGACGACGACGAACGACGACGUAAUGCGUUGGAGGAGUGUGACGCGAUUGGCGCGUGUCGCCAUCGGUGCUGGCGCAGGAUGCCUAUGAGUUUAUAUAUGCGUGUGUGUGGCUUUGAGAGUGAUAGAGAGAGAGAGAGAGAGAGCGCGUGUGCACGCGCAUGCGUACACGCGCCAAGAGCGACGCGAGAUAACGACGACGUGGCGAGUCGCCGCCGCCACCGCCGCCACCACCUCCGCCGCCGCCACCGCCGCCGCCGCCGCGGUUAGAAGGACUGAAAUUGAAAGUGCUCGUCCCACUGGCCCACUGACCUGAUUACCCACUGACAAUGGCACGAAUCUCAGCGGCGCGCAAGCCUCUCCCCUUCCUCCCUUUCCCUCUUCUUCUUACUCUCGCGACGCAGGCGUCGUCCACGCGUCGUCGUCUACUUGCAUCUAUGCUCUCUUGCUUCCCACCUAUAUGCGUUCCUAUAUCGAAGCAGGAACAGACAGAGCGACGAGAAAGGGCUUCAAAGAAAUAAAGAGAGAAACUUUUCACUUUCCUUUACCAACGCGAUACUUUCUCCAAACCGUUUGCUUCUCUUUCGGCAAAAAUUCGAUUACGAAAUAAUUUCGAAAGAUACUUUGGUCAACUCGGUCAGCUUCCUUCUCGACGAGCAAAAAAAGACAUCGAUGAUUAAGGGUACCGGCGCUCCGCGCGGCGUUCGAAAGAUUACUCAGGUAUAAGAAUAUAUUAUCGCUACAAAGCUAGAAGGAUAUUUCCGUCUAAUCUAUAAUACAUCGUUCUGCGAGUUAGCCUCGUCGAAACAACAAUGGUCGGCGAAAAUGUUGCUAUCCGCGGUGCGGCCCUCGGGGUCUUCUCGAUUCUGGCUAACUCGUGAUUUCGUGGCUCGACCGGCCGGACGACUUCACUCUCGCUUUCGUCGCCAUGCUGAAAGCGCUUUCGGCUGGCUUUCGCAACAUUUUUCCCAAGCCGAUUGGUUUUGUCCAAGCGCGCUCUCACGUACACCUUCGCCUGCUGCUGCUGCCGUUGCCGUGGCCGUUGUCGGUGUGGUUGCUGGUACGCUCCCUCUCCUCGAGAGUUCGUGUUCCUUCGCUCGGCUGGCUCGCUUCUCUUUUCCCCGAGCGGGCGAACAAACCGAGGGGAGCGACUCUCGCGCCCGCCUACUUUCGCUAGUUUGCGUAAGAAACGUAUACGUAUUCGGUUAGCUAACGAUCCUCCUGCCCCCAACAGCUCAUCGUUUGUAACUUCAUAUCUAUGGACCGACCAAUUUCGGUCAUCUUUUCGGAUCGGUCUGUUCUUCUUCUUCUUCUUCUUCUUCGUCUACUUCUUCCCCUCCUCCCUUUUCCUAUUCCUUCAGCAUUGACGAUAAUCGUUGCGAUCGCCCUUCGAGAAAUCCUCCAUUAACUUCGCAAACCCUGUACUUGCUUUUUAAUUAUCUAUUCUAUUCGUUACGUAACAACGCGAUGGGCGAAAGGUUAAGUCACACAGUUAUUCGUUAUUAGAAGCUCGCCCUCCUAUUAUUCGCGCAUUAAGUAACGCGAGGCAACGUUAGGUUACGCCAUUACGUGCGUCUAGAGUAUCUCGAGAGUUUAAAACGCGUUAGAAUUUCAAAUAUAAACGGUUAUAUAUUCUGGGUAAAGCGCGUAAACGAUAGAAUCUCUGUCCACGACGUACUCGUGACGUAAUCGACGCACAUCCUUUGCCCGUACAUACACUCGGGAUAUAUUCUAAAUGACGAAAUCGUCGAAACUUUCUCACGGGGGAGGGAGGCGGGGGCGAGGGGUGUGGAAGGGAGGAAGGGAAGGUCCCGAUCCUCCUCUUUUUCGACGAGUAAUUUUCGGUCCUAACUUAUACGUGCACGUCGAAAGUGAAAUCGAGAAUCUCGAUGCGCGCGCAAACGCGCGGUAAAUUUGAUCUCGAAUUUCUCUCCGUUCUGCCUUCUCACAACGUCGUAUCGAAAACUCCCAAAGGUAGAAGAAAAUAUAAGAUAUUCGAGAGAACGAUUUAAUCUGAUUUUAUCCUUCGGAUAUCUUUUCCGUAUCCUCGACCGACUCUUCCCGCUUCGAAAAUCGAAGGACGAUCUCGGUAGGAGAUGACCUCGCGACGAGACAUUUUCCGUACGCGUUACGUUGCGUCGCGUUGCGUUGCGUUGCGUUGCGCGUACGUGCACGCUUAAAAUACACCACGCACUAUCACCCCAUCCAUUCCAUUUCGAUGGAGGUCACCCGGUAGCUUAAGUGGGUCUCGACCACUUGGUUAGUGUGUCAUGGCAUACACGUUACUGAAUAAACUUAAUUUCAAUAGCAACGUUAAUAAGUCUCAAACGUGGCUGGAACUGACGUAGAAAAAAAGGAGAUAAAAAAUAAAUAAAUAUGUACACCGAGAGACGCUCUUCUGCUCUUUUUUACAUUCGCUUUUUUCUUUCUUUUUUCCUUUUUUUUUCUUUUUUCUUUUUUCUCUUUACGUCUCUAUACGCGCGACCUGCAUUCGCCGUUUCGCGACGACAUUCGUGCUUUGCCUUCUUCUUCUUCUUUUUUUUUCUAUCUCCAUCUCUCUCUCUCUCUUUUAUUUCAUCACCUUGCAACGCGUACGCGUUAUCGAUCCGAGGGACGGAAAAUUCUAGCGUCUAUCUUCGCGUCUCUCCUCCUUCUACUUUGUACUCCUCUAUCUGGAUCUUCUACCAUUUUACUCGAAGAAGAUGCAACCUAAUUUCGCGCGACCUGGGACAUGCUAACUCGCAGAACGUAUUAAAACGUAUUCUUUUUAUAGUAUCCUUUGAUACUCCUCCCUUCGCGAUUUACAUAUGUAUAUACAAAAGUAAUCAUCGAUUGAAUGUUAACGCAACCAAGACAAUAGAAUUCAUGAGUUCUCUCGGCGGAGAAACUGUCGAACGGAAUAGCCAAGCGACGAUGAAAGUCGUCGUUUGUAGUUAAGAAACGCUUUCAUUGAAAGGGAAAUAGAAAGAGUGAAUACGGGAUCGGUCAGGGGGAGACGGAUUACCACUGGAUAAGAAUGUGUGUCUAGUUUAGUGGGCAAGUAGGUCGCAAGGGAAACCAACCUGAGUUACGCAACGCAGUUCCAGUGUUAUACAACUAUUGACUCACCGGAUUAACAAGUAGGCUGGGUGAAAACGAAAGCCGAGUGUCCGGGCUGCCUUCUUUCUCGCUCUCUCCUUAUUUCCCCUUCCCCCUGUAUCUCUUACUCUGCCUCUCUGUCUUUCUCUCUUUCUCUCAUUCACUCUCACCUGUCGUCAGGGUUCUGACAUGUAGUUCUUUCACUGCGAACGAGCUUUAAGCGGCAAAGAUCGCAUGUGUAAAUAUAAAGUGGUAUCGAUAGAUCGUCGUCGUAAUCGAUAGCAAAAGUCGGUUAAUCUUUUUUGAAGUAUGUCCUAUUUACCUCCCUCUACUUAUUUUUUUUCUUUUUUUUUCUUUUAUUUUUAAUAGAGAAACUGAAAGAAAAAAUGGAUAAAGAGAUAGAUAGAUAGAUAGAAAGAGAGAGAGAGAGAGAGAGAGAGAGAGAGAGAGAGAGAGAGAG